AACAUUCGUGGGGAUCAUCGAUGAGUGAUUAAGGGCAAAUUGGUCAAACCUAAUAUAGAAUUUGAAAAAGAUAGCGGAAGACGGAUUUUUUUAACCCGGGGGAUAUCAUUUUCCCUGACAAAAAUGCCCCCGUAGUCAGAUUUAGGAGAGGGAGUGAGCGAGCCAUGGGGAGUAGCAGCAGAGGCGAAGAUCACUCGAAGAAGAUGGCGGAGCUGAGCAAAACCCUAAAAGAAGGCGAGCGGAUCGUCGCCCCCAGCCGGCGCCCCGACGGCACCCUCCGCAAGCCCAUCCGCAUCCGCGCCGGCUACGUCCCCCAGGAGGAGGUCGCCAUCUACCAAUCCAAAGGUGCUUUGUGGAGGAAGGAGAUCGCUUCACAGGAGGGGCCUCCAGGCUAUGACCCGGCAUUGGAUGCAAAGCCUAAAACAAAGUCUGCAAAGAGGAAUGAGAGAAAAAAGGAAAAGCGGCUACAGGCUGCUCUAGAAAAGGGUAAAAAUAUAGAAGCAGAUGUAGCUAGGGGCAUUGAUGAAGAGGAAAGACAACCUAAUGAAGUCUCUGGUCACGAACAAGAAUCUGUUAAAGCACUGGCAACUCAGAUGAAUGAGCUCGCUGUAUCUGCAAAUGCUGCUGGAACCGUCUCUAUUUCAGAUGCACAAGAGGGAACUAAUCUCAGCCCAAGUCAAGAUCUUGAUAAAAGAAUUCGAGCGCUUAAGAAGAAGAUUCGAUUAGCAGAAGCUCAAAAUCAGAAAACCCCACAGAAAGAUUUGAAGCCCGAGCAAUUGGAGAAAUUGACAAAGGUAGAAGCUUGGCGGCAGGAGCUAAAGCUUCUCGAGGAUAAGAAGACUGAAUUGGUGACGUCAUGAAAUUAUUCUUGCAUUUGGCAUGAGAGAACUGUGCAGUUAACAUUGUCCAAGUAAAGCUGGGGGGGUGGGGAGAGACUCCCCAUGAUGAAGAGCAGGUGCACUUCAGUAUCAUCUCAGUUGGUAGGGGAAGGAUGAUGCUGGGCCUCUCCAAUUCCGAUGUCCAAUUUGGUUGUCUCGUGUAUUUUUUUUUUUUUCCUUUUUCGCACUUUGGUCCUUGAAUUUAUUGUUAAUUUAGAUGUUUAAGUUAUGCCCCUGACGAGAGGGCGUAGGAUGAAUAAGCACUGCGACAUAGCGCAUUCAGACUAUUGUUUUAGAUUGCCCCUAGUUUCCCACUAGUUAUGUCGGGAUACUAUCAAAAGGGAAGUGGGAAAGGCCACUAACGAGGAAGAGAACAGACUUUAGGCCUUGCAGGGCCAUUCAAGAUUGGGCCAUUACUGGGCUGAACCUGUAUGCUUAAUGAGGGGGCCCCUGCCCGUUAGAGCUCAAUGAAUUUUUAUAUUCGGCCA